GAAUCCCCGAGAAUCGACAGACAAACCGUAGAGCUCAACAUGAUUGUCCGGCAGUUGUGUGUGCGGCAGAGCCGCUUCCUGGCUCUUAACCGACCAGCUCGCAUGCUCAGCCGAUUCUAUUCAACCGAAACCCCCGUCCAGACCGCAGUUGAGACGCCUACCCAAGAGCAGCCCGUGCAACCGGAUCAACCCGUGGAAUUGCAGAGCUUCGAAGAACUAAGAAUUUCGGCCCAGGAGACAUUCAGGAAGAGACAAAUAAGAAGACAAAAACGCCGCAGCCUUGGUAGUGUCAUUGAAGACGCUUACGACCCCGAUGAACUCAUCCAAAACCCCCCCGAGCCCAAAGACAUCACCCUCGAACUGCUUCUUGCCUCCCAGACACAUCUCGGCCACUCGACGUCGCGCUGGAAUCCCCAAAAUUCGCGAUACAUCUUCGGUAUCCGAGACGGUAUUCACAUCAUCUCUCUUGACCAGACCGCAGCAUACCUACGCCGUGCAGCAAAGGUUGUGGAAGAAGUUGCAGCCCGGGGCGGUCUGAUUCUGUUUGCGGGUACCCGGAAGGACCAGAAAAAGACGGUUGUGCGUGCUGCGGAACUGGCCAAAGGAUACCAUAUCUUUGAGCGCUGGAUUCCGGGUGCUUUGACCAAUGGACAACAGAUUCUGGGGCAAUGCGAGACCAAGGUUGUCAAUGCGUUGGAUGAAGAGAUUACCGAGUUGAAGUCGAAUUUGGAGGAGCAUGCUGCUCUGAAGCCGGAUCUGGUGGUUUGCUUUAACCCCGUUGAGAACGAGGUUCUGCUGCACGAGUGCGGUCUUAACAAUGUGCCUACCAUUGGUAUCAUCGAUACCGAUGCCAACCCUGCCCGUGUUACGUAUCCCAUUCCGGCCAACGAUGACAGUUUGCGGUCUGUUGGUGUUAUCGCUGGUGUGUUGGGUCGGGCAGGUGAGGCUGGUCAGAAGAGACGGUUGGAAUAUGCUCACGAGGGCCGAUUCACAUACGAACCUGUUGACCCGAAGGAGCUUGGUCUGAACAAGAGGGCAUCGGAAUCUCAGCCUGAGCCUGAGCGUCAGCCUCAGCGUCAGCCCGAGAACCAGGAUAUUCGGACAGCGGAGGUUGCCGCCAACCAGUAAGCGGAUAUUUCUUUCUUACUCUUUUCAUCUAUUUUUGUUACCCCGUUAUGAAAGCAUUUAUGGGACUGUACUGUAUAGAUUUUGUAAAGGUUCGGUGCUAAAAAUGUGUAUUAUCAAUGAAUGAAUUAUGGGUUAUUCACACUUGCUUGUCUUGUCACUGUCACUUCACCAUCGCUGUCGUUGCGUCUGUCUUCAAUCUCAUGUCUUAAGAGUGUACACCACCCUUCCCCUCCCAUCCCUCCCCUUAUACUCAACCACACCCCCAACAUCCGAAAC